AUGGGUAUGGAGGGAAACAAACAGACGAUCUUGAGCAAUUAUCAGAAGAACACCACAUAUAAGAAAUCAAACCCUAAACUAACUUUACUACCUCUAAUCGCCCUAAUUUUCUACGAAGUUUCCAGGGGUCCAUUUGGUGUAGAAGAUUCAGUCAAAUCUGGAGGCGGAGCUCUACUUUCAUUACUAGGGUUCUUAAUUUUCCCUAUUUUCUGGAGCAUCCCAAAAGCACUAAUCACAACCGAACUCGCCACAAGCUCCCUGAAAACGGCGGUUAUGUCAUCUGGAUAUCAUCGACGUUCGCCCUUUUUGGGGUUUCCAAGAAGGGUUUUGGAAAUGGUUUAG